AUGGCGAAUGAUAGAAAUUGUGAAGCUGAAGUCCCAGAGGAGGAUAUAUCUGGGCUUUUGGGGUACCUACAGAUAAAAAUCGUCAGCAACAAAGAAAAGAUAGAGGCUCUGAAGCCUUUCAAGGAAGAGGAGAAAGAACUCCCCACCAUUCACAGGGUUCCAGAUGUGUUUCAUAAAAUGAAUGAACUUGCUUAUUCUCCUAGCGUUGUAGCUAUUGGGCCUCUUCACGGAGGAAAGAAAGUUCAGAAACAUCUCCAAGCAAUGGAGGUGGAGAAGCUUAGCUACAUGCAUCACCUGUUUGAACGAACAGAAAAUUUUGAGAAAACGCGACAUGACUGUGUGGCUGCCAUGUUAAAAUUGGAGUCUAAUGCCAGGAGAUGCUAUGCCGACGAUGUCAGACUCGAUUUCACACUGGAUGAAGAUGACAAUCCAGUCGAUGCCAACUGUUGUACUCCAGAAAAAUUCAGGAGUUACCUAAAAGAGAUUGACCCCAUUGCCGCCAACAAUUUCAAAUUCGCAGCUGUCGAACAAGACUUGCUGUUGCUCGAGAACCAGCUUCCCUUUUUUGUUCUUGAUAAAUUGUUUGGCCUCACUGUUGGACGUAGCCCGGAAUAUUGCAGCCACGGCCCUUCUUGCUACUUGCCAACUGGGUCACACCAAGAAGAGAAAACGGAGGAGACUGCAGAUUCAGACGAAGAAGAGAAGAUGGAGCUAGUAUUAAAGAAUUUCAAAUAUUCUGCAACAGAACUUGACUUGGGAGGAACCAAAUUUGUGCAAGGUAAUAAGGAGAACAUAUUCGACGUGAAGUUCACGACUCAUCAUAGUUAUUUUCCUUUUCGUAGAGGAGGUGAAUUUGAGAUCCCGCCGUUCACCGUUAAUGAUUGGACGGAGUUGAUCUUGAGGAACCUCAUUGCUUUUGAGCAAUCUUGCCCUUUAAUGGUUAAGAGUUACUUCACAUCACAUGCUUUCCUCAUGGAUAGACUCAUCAACACGGCCGAGGAUGUAAAAUUGCUUGAGAAAGAAGAGAUAAUAUGUAACAAGAUGGGUUGCCGUGAAGAAGUGGCAUCUCUCUUCAACAAACUCUGCAAGAAUAUUGCUAUAGAUAGUCUCUACUCAACUAACCACUGCCUAGAGGUCAUCAAUUUUCACAAGCAUCGCUGGCCCAAGUUUCAAGUGAAACUGAAACGUGAUUAUUUUAGUAAUCCAUGGACAAUCAUAUCAGUAGCUGCUGCCUUCGUCCUUUUUGGGCUUACAUUGAUGCAGACCAUAUUUGCGGUGCCUUCUUAA